UACGCUAAGUAAACCCAUCGACUGUAAUCCUUACUGUCUACAGCUGAAUCCUCUGCGGAUAUUUUUCUGCCUCACUCCAAGUUUGUUCCAAAAACAGAAAAAAAUGGACAACUCCGGGAAAGAGAAGGAAGCGAUUCAGCUAAUGGCCGAUGCUGACAAAAAAGUCAAGUCCUCUGGCUCUUUUUUGGGAGGGAUGUUUGGAGGAGGACAUCACAAAGUCGAAGAGGCCUGUGAGAUGUACUGCAGAGCAGCCAACAUGUUUAAGAUGGCCAAGAACUGGAGCGCGGCUGGUGGUGCAUUUUGCAAGGCUGCACGUCUCCAUAUGCAGCUUCAGAACAAGCACGACUGUGCUACCAGUUUCAUCGAUGCUGGAAAUGCUUACAAGAAGUCGGACCCUAAUGAGGCAAUCAAGUGUUUAAAUGCUGCCAUCGAUAUAUACACAGACAUGGGAAGAUUCACCAUUGCAGCCAAACACCACAUCAGUAUUGCGGAGAUCUACGAGUCUGAGCUGGUGGAUAUUGAAAAGGCUAUUGCACAUUAUGAACAAGCAGCCGACUACUACAAAGGAGAAGAAUCAAACAGUUCUGCUAAUAAGUGUCUGCUGAAGGUGGGGGCUUACUGUGCUCAGUUGGAACAGUACCAGAAGGCUAUUGAGAUCUAUGAGCAGGUUGGGGCCAACACCAUGGACAACCCACUGCUGAAAUACAGCGCCAAAGAGUAUUUCUUCAAAGCCUCCCUCUGUCACUUCAUCGUGGAUGAACUCAACGCGAAGAUUGCUGUUGAAAAAUACGAAGAGAUGUUCCCAGCUUUUUCAGACUCAAGAGAAUGCAAACUGUUGAAGAAACUUCUCGAGGCCCAUGAGGAACAGAACAGCGAAGCUUUCACAGAGGCCGUAAAAGAGUUCGACUCCAUCUCCCGUCUGGAUCAGUGGCACACAACCCUCCUGCUGCGCAUCAAAAAGACCAUCCAGGGCGAUGAAGGGGAUCUGAAAUGAAAGAAACCUCGGCUUCAGAGGCAGCACGGAGGGACAAAUCCAUCACGCAUGCUUUCACACAUACACACACACACACACAUAUACACACACACAUACACAUACACACCCUAUUCACCUCACUGUGUGUAACAUCUGGAGAGAGGAGCGCUCCUGCUACUGACUUUAACAUCCCGCCGCUCACUGCUAUCCCGUCACAGUACUCUUUGCUUUUCUCCUGAGCAUAUUUGAAUCUAGUCAGAAUGUAAAUCCUCUCGCCCUCACCUCUGUCUAGAGGAUUGCUGCAUACCUUUGAUGCUGAAAUCCGCGGAGGGGAUUUCAAAGCAGAAUACUGUAUUGAAACUGACAUUAGUAUCGACAAAAAAAAAAAAAAAAAAAAAAAGCACUGCAUGUUUUGUACAAAUACGGUUUCUUAGAUGCAGCUUCUUCUUUUUUUUUUUUUUAACGUACUUAUUAUUUAUCCAGUUUCAGUUUGUUGUAUAAAUGAUUUACACAGUGUGUUCAUGGAUUUCCAGAAUGUAAAGUUCAGUUAAUAUGUAUUUGUGGGAGUAGUUUUUAUCACCAGUUGGGGAGAGACUCUUCUUAACGAGCGACGCCGAUAUGCACCAAGUGUAGACUGUUAAACAUUCGUACCUAAUCACAAUCACUGGAGCGAUUCCAUGACAUAUGAAAGGUUUUAUUACUUCGGAUUAUUUAUUUAGUAUUGGUUGAUGUAAAAAUCUUUUGAAUGUUUGAGUCCGUAAGCUGCUGUUUAUAGUUUGCCUGUGAGGAAAAAAUGUAUUUUUGACCGAAAAAGCACUACAAUAGAAAACCUUCUGUCCUUACACCCAGAGCUGUAUUCUGGGGCUAAUGUGCGUCAUCUUGUGCUGUGUUGUGUCGUGAACUCAUCCCUGGAGGUUCACUGCUGCGGUGCACCUUCCAGACAGCCAGUCAUUAAGCAUGUCACUGUGUAUAGUUUAGUGUCCUUACAUUCACAAGUGUGAGCCAGACCAAAGUUUUUACACAAGGGUCAGUCGCCCUCCGUAUCCAGAUGGAAUGACUUAGGAUCUUGGAUAUGUUCUGUAUGCCUGUGCGAAUGGACAAUAAAGAUACUAUAUCCCA